GCUUUAGAUUGGCAGUUACACACAUAUAUCGUAGUCACAUGUUGACUUAAAGAUAAUUAGAAGUAUGUGAAAGCAUUUGUUAUCACUGAACUUCCAUGACCGCCUAAAUUAAAUGAGAGUGGAAUGAAUACAUUCGUUUUGGACGAUAAGAAACAAAGGCAUGUGAUUUUGUUGCAGAACAUAAGAUUUCACAGCUGGUUGGAAAACCUUUAUACAAGUGUUAAAAGCAACGCAUUUCGCAAACCCGUUGAGAGCUUCAAGAUGACUGCCCCAGGAUGGAAAAUGGGUGAAAAUGCUGAAAAGUCGCCUUCAGUGCAUUAUGCAAACUGGAAAGAAGACAUUUUGUUGAAAAAACAAUUGCAUGUUUUGGAAAGAAGUGAGAAAAAUGUGAUUCACAGAAUUAAGAUAGAUCAGAAAGUGUUGUUUAAACGAUUUCAGGAUAAGUUGUACCGAUCUAAGCUAUGUGAAGCACGUAUGCAUGGAAACAAGGACACAGAAAUGGAACUUAGAGCCAGAAAUCUGCAUGGAUUAAACACCGAUUUCGGAAGCGCCGAAAAAGAUUAUGAGUUCCUAACAAAACUUCAAAAUAACAGAAAACAACGAAACACGAAAAAGAAACCUCCACGGAUAAAGGUAUCGCCAAUAGUUAAACAGAAUAAAUUUGACGAUGAUGUAUUCGUAGAAACGAAUGACCCCCGACGACGGAGUAAUUCUAUCACAGAAGGCAUGACGUCACGAUCCAUGGGGGCACUAUCGAGUCACCCACUACUGUCCGUUGUAGAGCGACCGUCAACCACCGGAAGUCAUCCACAGCAGCACGCGAUAGAAGUCAGCGUUAAAACUCUACAAGGCAAAAAAGAUAUUCAUAUGAAUAUUUCCGCAAAAGGAAAUAGAUCAGACAGUGAAAAAAAGCAGUUGAGUGAAUUAUCGAAAAGUAAAAAGGCAAGACCACAGACCUGCAUGCCAUCACUUUUACUGCAGGUUACGAAAGAAGCACACGAAACGGGACGGAAGUCGGAGCAGGAAAAUCACAGGAAGAAAUCGUCUAGUUUCUUUGAGGAUGAAAAGAAAAUUGACAUUGUUGAACUUCAUUUAAGCCAAAUAAAAUCUCUAAAUUAUGAUGAAAAAAUUCAAGAGUUUGCAGACACUCUGAACGAUCUUGUCGUUAAUGAUAUUGAGGAUAGGGAUUAUUAUACGUUAAGGCUCCAAGCAGCCAUGAAAGAAAUUUCCAAUAUGAAUUAUGACCCUGUGCCUGGUACACCAGAGGAUGAAUACAAUCGGCAUGUUGGUAACCUUGAACUUAAGAGUUUGACAUUCAAAAACCUCAACCUCGAUUUCAGUUCCCGUGAUCACUUGACCACAGCAGACAGCUUUCGACCAGACAUUCAACCAGUCGUGUUGUCGUCUGAUGGAUCGAGUGACGAGGAUGAUGGAGACGACGAAUAAAAAUAAUGUAUAUAAUAUGAUGAACUAAAAACUUUGCUAGAAUUUAAAAUACAAGGUCCAUAAAAGAGCAAUAAGUUAUUGGUUUUAUGAUAUCUUCAAAUGAAUUAACGAGUUGAAUUAUUGCGCCCAAUUAGUGAAAUUUUGCGUAUAUGAAAGAGGUUCGAACUUGAAGUUUGUAGUUGUGUCAAUCAUUUAAAAGUAUAUUUUUGAUUUCUACAUUGCAUGGAAAUUAUGAAAUUAAGGUAUUCCAUGUAUAAUGAAAGGAUUAUGAACUAUUUUGAAGGAUUUAGAUGGUAAAAGAUUAGAAGCUGAUCUUUUUGCACCUAAGACUUUUUGAAAGAGUUGUCUGCCCUUUGUAAAAAUAAGAAAAAAUCAAAUUUUCUAAAAAUGUGUGUAGUCAAUGAUUAAUUUUAUUUCAUAAAUUCAUAAAAAGAAAGUGUAUAUAACUUUCUACCAAACGAUUAGUAUGAAAAUAAAAUUUAUUUGUAAAAUAUUGUAAUAAAACAUGUUUUCCCCAUAUAUUUCAAUGUUAAAUUCUAGGUGAAAUAAAUCAUGCAGUAAACAAAAUUUUGAAAAUUCCUAUGGUGGAUUAUUUUAAUUUGAUGAACCCUUCAAAAUGAUACCAUGAUUACAAAUAUUCCUUUAAUAAUUAUGAAAUAUGGUCAUUAUACAUUGAACUGGGGCCAUAGUGCUUGUUAAUUAGCUUGUGUGUUAAAUUUGACGGUUUUGCACUUACAAUUUACUUAUGAUUUAUUCACAUAAACUCCAAUUGUUUAUUAUUCGUUUAUUGUUGCUCUCUUCCAACACAUUCAUGAUAUCAUGUGCGCAAUAAUUAAAUUCUUACUCUCUUCAACUAAAUUAAUAUCAUGCGCGCAAUAAUUAGAUUCUUACUCUCUUCAAACACAUUCAUGUUAUCAUGCGCGGAAUAAUUAAAUUCUUACCCCCUUCAAACACAUUCAUGAUAUUAUACGCGCAAUAAUUAAAUUCUUACUCUCUUCAAACACAUUCAUGAUAUCAUACGCGCAAUAAUUAAAUUCUUGCUCGCUUCAAACACAUUCAUGAUAUCAUGCGCGGAAUAAUUAAAUUCUUACUCUCUUCAAACACAUUCAUGAUAUACGCGCAAUAAUUAAAUUCUUACCCCCUUCAAACACAUUCAUGAUAUCAUGCGCGGAAUAAUUAAAUUCUUGCUCGCUUCAAACACAUUCAUGAUAUCAUACCCGCAAUAAUUAAAUUCUUGCUCUCUUCAAACACAUUCAUGAUAGCAUGCGCGCAAUAAUUAGAUUAUUACUCUCUUCAGACGUAUACAUGAUAUCAUGCGCGCAAUAAUUAAAUUCUUGCUCUCUUCAGACACAUUCAUGAUAUCAUGCGCGCAAUAAUUAAAUUAUUACUCUCUUCAACUGAAUUAAUGAUAUCAUUAAUUCAAAAUAAUUAAAGAUAUCCUCAAUUAUUUGAGUUUACGAUAAUUUGGCGCUCCAUACAGUAAUUUGGCGGAAUUGUUGCUUUUAAUCAUUCAUUUAGAGUUUGCUUUUAAUGAUUUGUUGGUAUUUCCAAGUCAUUUUUCAUUUUAAAGAUCUCUGUAAUUUGAGUGGGGAAAUGUAUAGUAACGUCUCCACUGACAAGGCUUUCGGAGUUUCUUAAAUUACCAAACGCCAUACAUAGAAUCCGUCAUGCAAGAGCUACACCCAGAACACAUAAGGAAAAUAAAAAUAAAGCAAAAUUUAUGUGCGCAAUAAUUCAACAGUUAGAUUGAGCAACAACAAUUCAUUUAAGAAGGAGCAUUAUUGUUGAAUUGUAAAUAUAUUUUAAAUAUUUCCAUUUCCAUUGUUUUUGUCUUUGAUAUCUUGAUAAAUCGUGAUGGUAGCUAUUUCCUCAUGAACGCGCAAAUAAAGUUGUUAAAAAUGC